UUUGCCAAUGAAAACAACCUGUUUCUAGAAGUUAUGAAAUGUAUUCAUGAAUCUGUCCAUCUAAAAAAUGCUAACUACUUGCUUUUAGAUGUCACUACCAGUUAAGUUUUCUAAGAAUUAAGAAUUCUAAUUCAAUUGGAAAAAAGUAUAUGGUUUUGGUAAUGGAAUGUGUAAGUUGUCUGUCUCCUUAGUAGCCUGGGAGAAACCCAGAGUCAAAGCUGGUGUGUCUGCUGUCCUGAGCACAGGGUCCAAUACACCAGAGGUGGUAGCAGAUGUUGGCUACAUGGGAUGAGAUGCAAUUCUUUCCCUCACUCUCUUCACUACCAGGUGAGGACCAUGUUUUGGUUUGUAUCACUUCCCACCCUUCUGUUUGUGGUGACAGUGUCCUUCUCAGAAUCCACAACCUGUGAAGAUGCCCAGAAGGCCUGCUCAGUGACUGCCUGUGGCAUCCCGGUCACCAAUGGCACCCCAGGCAGAGAUGGGCAAGAUGGAGCCAAGGGGAAAAAGGAAAACCAGGUACCCAGAGCAGGGCUCCGAGCCUUGCAGGGUCCUCCAGGGAAACUGGGGCCUCCAGGAAGUAGAGGGGCUCCUGGGCCACAAGGAGUUAAGGCCCAAAAAGGAGAUCGUGGAGACAGUUCAGUUACGGAGACUAAGCUGACUAACUUAGAGAGAGAGCUGAGGAGCCUGGAGGCAGUACUGGACCGCAUCAAAAAAUUGCAAACCUUCUCCUUGGGCAAGAGAUCUGGAAAGAAGCUCCAUGUGACCAACGGUGAAAAGAUGCCUUUUUCCAAAGUGAAGGCUCUGUGUGCUGAGCUCCAGGCCACCGUGGCCACCCCCAAGAACGCCGAGGAGAACAAAGCCAUCAUGGACUUGGCCAAUGACCAUGCCUUCCUGGGCAUCACAGAUGAAGCGACCGAAGGCCAGUUUGUGUAUGUGACAGGAGGGAGGCUGACCUAUAGCAACUGGAAGAAGGAUGAGCCUAAUGACUUUGGCUCAGGGGAAUGUGUGUGCCUUCAGGAGGAUGGGCUCUGGAAUGACAUCCCCUGCUCUUCCUCCUUUGUGGCCGUCUAUGAAUUCCCAGCCUGAAGAGGCAGUUCCUCAGCCCCUCCUUGGCUCUGCUGAGCUCUCUGCUGCCCUAAAAGAAAAUUCAGUGAUGUUUUAAUCAUGCCCAGUGUUGACUCAUUCUUUGGUGGGGGUGGAAGGAAAAUGAAGGGAUGGAUUUGAUUAUGGGAUUAGGGAGUAAAAAGAGGCUGACAUGAGGGUUUCUGUUCCAGUUCUUGGCAG